AUAUUUAAGCAUCAGAAACACCAAACCCAAACAUCAACUGAACCAGAAGAAGAAGCAGAGAGAACCCUCUUGCACCUUUAGCUCGUGUACCGACUCACGAGACUCACAAGCAAAGCUGACACAAAGGCUCACAAGAAAGAAGAGAAGAUGGAGAGGGAAACAAAGAAGGUUGACACUGCUAGUGGGGGAGAGGUUCUAGACGGUUCGAAUAUAAUGGAGUUGGUUGAGAACAAAGAGAUGUUCGGCCAUUUUGUGGACCAUAAGUUUCAGGAGCUGGAUAGAGACAGAGAUGGUCAGCUUUCUGUGAAGGAGCUUCAGCCUGCUGUUGCUGAUAUUGGUGCUGCUCUUGGCUUACCUGCUCAGGGCUCUUCCCCUGACUCUGACCACAUCUACUCUGAGGUAUUGAACGAAUUCACUCAUGGAAAACAAGAAAAAGUGAGCAAAGUUGAGUUCAAAGAAGUUCUUUCGGAUAUUCUACUAGGCAUGGCUGCUGGUUUGAAGCGAGACCCUAUUGUGAUUCUCCGCAUUGAUGGAGAAGACCUCCUAGAAUAUAUCAAUGGACCAACUUAUGAAGCAGAAAUGGUGGCUACACAUUCUCAGAUAGAGUCAGCUGGUGGAACCCUCCGAGACUGUAUUAUCAAAGCUUUUGGAAUGCUCACAGUUGAACAAGGGAUGCCCCCUUCAUCAGAUCCUUGGGUUGUACGCAAUAUUGUGGAACCUGCUCUGCAAUCAUGUGCUGGCCCUGACUGGAACAAGCCUGUCUCCCAAGAAACAUUCCUAGUGGAAUUCAAGAAAGUAGCCGAGUAUGUGGCUGAACUUCUUAGGGAGCAGCAUGUGAUUGUAGCCCACAGUGAAAAUACCUUUGAUGGAAGUGGCAUUAGGAGAUUAUUAUCCAACAAGUUUGAACUAGACAAGACAUUGAAUGCAGCUAUUGAGACUGUGCCUAAAGAUCGCACUGGGAAAUUAUCAAAGGAGUAUUUGCGUGUUGCGCUGGAUGUUGUGGCUCCAUCAGCUGGUCUUCCGCCACUUGGUGCAGUUGAGCAGAUGGACAAGCUUAUUUUGGAUGCGUUCAACCUGAUGAAUGCGGAUGAUGGAAAGCUGCUUAAAGAAGAUGAGUUCAAGAAGAUAUUGACUGAAAUCCUGGGAAGUAUCAUGUUGCAAUUGGAGGGAAAUCCAAUCUCUGUUUAUUCUAAUUCAGUCGUGCAUGAGCCAAUUGCCUCUGCUUCGACACUGUUGCAGACACCGCCAUCUUCCUAGUUACAAGAGCUAGCAUAGCUCUCUUGGAUAUAUCAAGCGGCACAAAGAUAGAAGCGACAAUAAAGUUUUGAUUAAGGAAUGAUUACUACCACAAGCUUGUUGUGCUGCUCAGUUAUAACUAAAUAUAUAUGUAGUACUCGUCAUGCUAAUCAAAGUUCUUAAUGUUCAUAUAUCAGAUGCAUUCACUCCUUUUGUUGUGGUUGAUUCUGUUCAAUGCUUUAUGUCCUCAUCUGUACAAUUCAUACACCGAAAAGGGGAUGGAGCCUUGCAAAGUG